AUGGCUGAUUCAAAGCUUGGAGCAUUUAUUGCACAAAUAGUUCAAGAACCAGAGUUGAUGAAAGAGUGGAUGGAUGUGUUUGCAGAUGAUGAGAAAAGCCAAGAUGAAGAGUCUGUUUCUUCAGAUGAUAGUUCAGAAAAGAUCAAGUCUUUUGAAGAUGAGACGACUAAGAAGACUAUCGAUAGAUAUUGCCAUCUUGUUCAGGAAAUGAGAAGAUUGGAGAUCAAGAAAGAAGACGAUGAAUGGAUUGAUAAGCUAGCUGAUGCACUAUCACAGAAUAAAUGGUGGGACAAAUACAUUCCGGCUAAUUCAGAAAAAUCAGCCCUUGUUGCUCGAAUCUUGGAAGAAGAAUCAGUCAAAUCUAAGCCAAAAAGAACGAAGAUAUUCAGAUCAUCAGAAAGUGAUGAAGACACAGAUGAUGAGGAAGAGUAUAUUAAUAAAAUCGAGAUGUUGAAAGAGAAAAGGGCUGCUCGACUAAAGAGAGAAUUGGAAGAAUUGGAAGCAAGAAGGAUUGCUGAUGAAAAGGCAAAAAUGGAAGCUGAAAAGGCAAAAGCUGAAGAAAAACCGACACAGAAGGUCGAGAUUGGUGAAAGUGAAGCUAUGAUGAAAGUUGAGACAGAACCAAAUGUGAUUGAGAAGGUGGUGGAGAAAAUUGUUGAAGUGGAGAAUAGUUGA